AUGACCACAACGACACCCGCCUCCCUAAUCGCGUCCCUAGAAUCCCACCUCGCACCCACCCUAGUCUUUACAUCCCCACCAACAUCACCGAGUCAACCGUCACUCCACCUCAUUCCCCCAGCUACCCUCACCAAGCUACGCAACAUAGGUCCCGGCCGCGUGAAAGACAUGCGUACUCUUGGCCACUCGAAACAAAUCAUCAGCCACAUCCCCAUUGCCGCCGCACCGCCGAUCUGCAGCAAGAUCAACGACACGAUGCAUUCGGCGGUCAUCAUGAACGGGGAGAAAGUCGCUGCGCUGAGUAUGUUGCUUUCAGAAGGCAAGGAGGCGGCUAAAGAGCUGGCAAGGUGUGUGUGGCUGGAAGAGGCAGAGUGGGAGGACCUUUGGGAUGUGGCUGAGAGGUAUCGAGUGCCGAUUCUGUUGCGGGAGAUGUGGCCGGUAGGCUCGGAGAUACCGGAUUACCAACACAGUUUCCCUUCUUCGGUAUACGCGCCUCUGCUGACACAUAUCCACUCGUCGCAAACUACGUCUCCUCUCCCGCUGUUACACCUCUACCUCAGCUGCGUCUUCGACCGCCACCCUGCUCUCCGUCUCAUACUCGCGCAUCCGGGCGCGCUACCAUCCCUCAUUCCACGCAUCGAGAUGCUCCUCACUACUAUCCCCUCGGCGGAUAAACCGAAGCGAAGUUUCCUAGAUGUCUGGCAACACAACAUCUACCUCACAACAGUGGACGCACAAGACAUGUCUAGCCUGAGAGCGCUACUGGAGCGGAUACCUGUAGAUAGGGUGUUGUAUGCGAGUAACUACCCGCUUGAAGAAAGAGGGAAAGAGUUGAUGGAGGAACUGCGGGAAAGCGGGUUCUUGACACAGGUAGAGUGGGACAGAGUUGCGUGGGGGAACGCGGAAACGGUGUUUAAUUUGAAAGGGGCAAACAUGAAGGCAGGGAGGAGGUAA